AAAGCGAGCUGGAGAGUAAGCAGCGCAUCUUUCUAUUAUUCCAAAUUCGACAUCUACAACAUCUAUCACUGUUACCCUCAAGACCGCCAGUAUGGUUAAAGACUUGACUUUUGACGUUCGCUACGACAACGAGCUGGCUCAUGAUUAUUAUGGGGAUGGAGAAAAGCUGACGAAGAUGCUUAACAAGGUCUACGAAGCCAAGCACUUGCAAUUCCCGGACAAUUUCGACUCCACGCUGACCAGCCCACCCAUUCAUUUCAUGUCGGUCUCUGCGCCGGAUGAUGUGGAGAUAGAUGAUCUGAGAGAAAUUAAUGUGCCUCCGGGUCUGAACAUCGAUAUUCUCGACUUCGCGGGUUGAAAGCGCUUGCUGCACGUUUAGCCUACGCAGAGGGCCAGUAACUGAGGCCUAUGCCACUAAUUUCGGAAACCAGCCGUCUAUAACCUAAUAAGCGAAUAUAAUUAUCUUUA